AUGCGGCUUAAGAAGUUUCAGAAGAAGGUAAAGAAGAUGAGCGUGGAUGUGCCCACGCUAUACGAAAUCUGCCUACGUUUGGAAGAGAAUGGUGCAAAGAAUACGGAGGAUUUUCAACGCUGUAUUGAUGCAGUAAAGGAUGGGGACAUAUCUACGAGAAAACUUGCGAUACAAAUUGUCUUCAGGCAAGAGCUUUCAAAUUUACGUUCUGUGGCAUUCAUCAUUGUUUUUUUUCGGUUCUUCGAUACUUUCCCAGACAAGCGAGUCUCAGCUCUGAAUACCCUGUUGUCACAGCUGAAUGAACCGGAUGUGGAGGUCCAAAAAAUUGUCAUCAAAGGUCUACCGACAACGUGUCAAAAGCAUGCUGAUUAUGUUGAUCAGGUCCAAAAAAUUGUCAUCAAAGGUCUACCAACGACAUGUCAAAAGCAUGCUGAUUAUGUUGAUCAGGUAAAUCCCAAGGAAUCCCUUCUAGUGCGGAAAUCUCUUAGUACACUACUCGUGAGCCAUCCUAAAGAAACCGUGGUUGCUAUGUAUGGCGCCAUAAAUGAUGCUAAUACUAUCGAGGAGAAGGUUACAAUGCUUAGAUUCAUGGAUGAAAAGGUGUCGCGGUUGCUGAAGGCAGAGCUAACUCCACUUAUGAAAAAGAAGUUAUCGGAAAUCUAUAAAGAAAUGCUGAUCUCAUCGACUCCUGAUGAAAUUGAGAUUAUUCUCCGAUUUAUGGGAAAAGCAACGCAAAUAAAGGAGGAGGAGAAGUUGACCAUCUUCAAGGAAGCUUUGGACGAACUCGUCGACAAAGGAAUCACGUUCGAGGGGGAAAGUGCUACUGACAGUGGGCCAGAUUUCAUUUCUAUAGUGAACAACGUUGUUAAAGUCGUAUUGAUCCUCAAUUCUGCAGGACGCUCAUAUAAAAUGCCAAGAAAGAUGACAAACUAUUUGUUUUCGAAAUUCGGAAAGAUGCGUUUGAUCCAUGCUUCGGAUAGGAAAGAUAUUUUGAAGGUCCUUGCUUCGGUUACGCACCUUGGCAAUUAUGAAGAUCCUGACGAUUUCUCUUGCGUGAUCAAGCUCUUUGAUUAUUUGAGGAGUAUGCUUCCCAAUUCUCGUCCCAUCGAUCCAGAUGCUGUUGAUGGCUAUGUUGAUCAAGUUGAUGAUCAAGAGUGUGACAUUGAGUUUGCUGAGUUAGAGCUUGUCUUCAUCGUCCUAUUCAAUUUAUUGAAAAGACACCGAUUUAUUGCUGAGGAAUUGAUGGCAGUGGGCGAUAUUUGGAAGCCGAAGCUCCAGUACCUCGUGAAUGUCAUCAGAGUUUUUACUCAACGCUUGAAGCGAAAAUUAGACGAAGAAAGUGGAAAUGGCGAAGAGCACUCAAAGGAUACCAGACUCUUGCUAGUAGCUAAUAAUGUAGGCCUGAUCGCGAAUUGUUUCUUGGUCAAUAUCUGUGACCUACACGUCAAGUUCUUACCGUCUUGGUCACAACCGCAGAAACGUCAUUGUGAGUACCAUAUAUCACAGUCUUCUUAUUCGCUUAUGCUUUCUAAUUUCUGCUUGCAGACAGCGUUCGACACAAAUCGCCUUCGAAAAGGAGAAGAGUAG